GGCGGUAAUGUACAGUACUGGACUGUCAUGCGCCGGUCAAAAGUCAGAAGGCUCAGUAAGUAUGGAGGGGUUUCUCUUUCGUCGUGUCCCUUCUGUGCUGCGGGGUCGCCCGUGGCUGCUGCGCCUAGUGUCCAACCGGAAUCUCUCCUCGCUAAGGCUGAAUAUACCCAAGAGUGCCGCGGAAGUGGCUCGUCCCGUCGGAGUUUGUUCCAUGAUGCGGCUUCCAGUGCAGGAUUCCUCGCAAGGCUUGGAUGCUGCCUUUCUCGGAGUGCCUUUGGAUAUUGGCACCUCGAAUCGGCCUGGUGCCAGGUUUGGCCCUCGACAUAUCCGAGCAGAGUCAGCCAUGGUCAGAGCAUACAACAGUGCUACUAAGGCAGCCCCUUUCGAAUCCCUGAUGGUGGCUGACAUUGGUGACAUCAACGUGAAUCUUUAUGACCUGAAGAAGAGCUGCAAGAUUAUCAGGGAAUCCUUUAAGAAGAUUGUAUCUGCUGGCUGUAUACCCCUCACCAUGGGUGGUGAUCACACUAUAACAUACCCUAUACUACAGGCAUUGGUAGACAAAUAUGGUCCAGUAGGACUGGUUCAUAUUGACGCACAUGCAGACACAGGUGAUAUUUCGCUUGGAGAGAAGAUAUGCCAUGGGACGCCAUUCAGGCGCUGUGUGGAUGAGGGAUUGCUUGACUGUAAACGGGUAGUACAGAUCGGGCUCCGGGGUUCAACUUAUGAACCAGAUGGUUAUCUUUGGGGCCGAGAACAGGGUUUCCGUGUGGUUACUGGACAGGACUGUUGGCUACGUUCCCUUGCUCCACUAAUGGAUGAGGUGAGGCAGCAAAUGGGAGAUGGCCCUGUGUACAUCAGUUUUGAUAUUGACGGACUGGACCCGGCCUUUGCACCUGGAACGGGAACUCCCGAGAUUGCAGGUCUUCAACCAAGCCAGGCUUUGGAAAUUAUCCAAGGGUGUCGGGGGAUGAAAAUAAUCGGCUGUGAUUUGGUUGAGGUUGCACCAGCAUACGAUACUUCUGGUAACACAGCUCUGACAGCUGCCAAUCUGCUCUUUGAGAUGCUUUGUGUUCUACCUAAUGUUAAGUAUUAUUGAGAUUUAUGGGUUAUUUGGGUUAAAAUGAUGACACAAGCUCACGGUGGGGAUUCACCUUCUUACAGUCAAAUCCAUUUUAUAACAGCUCUGUUCAACUUAGUAUGUACACAAUAGGAGAUAUAAUAAAAAGAAUCUUGAAUGUGCAGUAACACGGUGUGAAGCUUUAACUAACUUGCAGUGCAGUGCACACCACAUGAAAACUGAAUAUGCUAUGUUUGCAGAAUGGCUAUGUUUAUAAGCCAAGAUUAUAUUAAUAUUACAAAUGCUUACUUAAAAUAAUCUAAACUGCAGUAAUUCCUUAUCACAGAUGGGCAAACUUAAAGUAUUUCUGGUUAUGAAUAACUCUUUUAAUAUCUAUAUGCAGUACAAGUUCUCCGCAGGUUAUGAAUACCUGACAUAUGAACAGCUGUACAUGUGCAUGAGCAUUUGGGAAAUUGGCAGGUUAAAUUUGUCAGCUGCUGCAGGCAUCUUCUGCCACAUGAGAACUCAUUUGUGGCUGCAAUUCUGACUUGCAAACUGUUUAGAUUAUUGACAUGUUCACAGGAACAGAACCUUGCCACUAACCUCCUAAUAGCAAACUAAACUCAAGGUCUUCCAUUGCUUUACACACAAGAGAUUUCGCUGAUGCUGGAAAUCCAGGGUAGCACACAAAAUGCUAAGGAACUGAGCAGGUCAGGGAGAGGAAUAAAUAAUUGAUACUUUGUACUGAGACCCUUCAUCAGUUUGGCUUGGACUGAGCAUUUUAAGGGCUCCAUUCAGAACCCCUGUACAAGAGUUUCCUUCAAUAAUAAACCAUGGUGCUUUGGGAAACACAAUCUGCAGUCAGAUCCGCAGAGAAUAGGCGGUGCAGAUCAAAGCAGAUGAGGUAAUGGGAUAAAAAGAUGUAAUGGCUGUUCAUUAGAUCAGAAUGAAAGGAUAGGUUGUUCUUUGCUUUCAGCAUCCUGUGCAGUGUGACCCUAACUUCUAGAUUGACUUUGGAUGUAUCUGUUGCUGGCUGGAAUAUAUGGGCCUCUGAGGUACUCACACAGAAGGGGCAGCACGGUUGCGUAGUGGUUAGCAUAACGUUAUUACAGUGCCAGCGACCCGGGGUUCUGUAAGGGAUUUAUACGUUCUCCCCAAGACUGUCGUGAGUUUCCUCUUGCAUUCCCGAGUCAUACGGGUUAGUAGGUUAAUAGUAGACAGGUGCAAUUGGGUGGUGUGGGCUUGUUGAGCUGGAAGGGCCUGUAACCCUAAACUAUAGAUUAAAUUAUUACUUUCAUGGGCCUUUUAUGCAUGGAUUUAGAGGAAUCGUGCAAGUAAUGACAAUUCAGUUUUCUAACAUGUAUAUAGGUCUCCACAAACACAUCUCACCCAAAAUAUGGCACAACUGUACAACUUUUAAUUUACCGAAACACACCAGACCAUAGUAGACUGUAUAAGUAUACAAUUUUAUCAAGGGCACCUUCUGAGGUUUUAAUUAUGCAAUUUUUUUUUUGAGUACAGCUAAUUACUUGCAAAUAAAUAUAAAUGUUAUUCUAUUUAAAUGAAUGCCUACAUUUUGCAUAUUUAAAGUGGCAUAUAGUGUCAGAGACAUUCAGUGGUGCAAACAAUGAACUUUGGACUAGAACUGCAUAUCAAUUUAAAUGUUGCAAAAUUUUUUAAAAAUGAGAUUCUUUUGUAAACUUAUUUUGUAAUAACUGAAUGGGUAAAGACACUAGCCCGUGAAGUAUUAAAGCACACAGGACAGAUUAUUGCAAGUUUUACCCAAUGAUAGCCAGGAGAAAGUUAAACACAAGAGAUGCAUGAAAUCCACAGCAGCACACAGAAAAUGCAGAAGGAACUCAGCAAGUCAGGCAGUAUCUAUGGAAAUAAAUAAACAAUCGAUGUUUCGGGUCGAGACCCUUCAUCAGGACUGAAUAAGGAAUCAGAAAGUUAAUAUUAAGGACUCUCAUGUCUAAUCAGUAUUGAGAGAUCACUGUUAAAAAAUAGAUUGGGCCAGGGCAGGAUUAAUUUUGUUUUGUGCAAGUGGAGGUCACCAUGUAUGAAUGGUCAGCUGAGUCUCUUGCAGAGAGGGACAUAAAAGUGAGACAAAAAGCCACUGUAGAUAUGAUCUAAGACUCAUGGGUGUCAUGCCAGGAGUGACAUAUCAGAAAUUUGAACAGUAUGAAAUAACAUUUUUCGCAAUGUUUUUAAUUUAAAGAGAAAUUUCAUAAGCAAGAGGAUAUAAACUCAAGCCUUAGCUAAUGCAGCAGAUGACGGGUAAAAACAAAAAUCAGAUACGUACUUUACAUACAACUGAAUUCCUGAGCAGAUCUGAAAUAAUUGAACUAUAUUUCAUCGAAAUUUGAAAGAAAGGUUGGUCAGAAGGAGCAUUUUCCCCACAAACUGAAGUGGUGGAAGCUGGGGAUUCAAGAAUUAGGGGCUCGGUGGAAGUUACCCACCUUCACUAAUGGGCACAUCAAGCAAUCCACUUGACCCAUUCUCCUAGUAGGGAAACAGUGCUGGAGAGGAUCCCGGGGGAGAUACACAUCAACUUCAGCCAUAGAUAAAACACACAUUUUCUUGUGGUGCACCUGCUACCAGAAGACUAGCCUGCCUGCUGUGCAGGACUGUUGGUCAUCCAGCUACCUUCUGAAAAAAGGAUUGUUGCACAAUUUUUAGGCCAUUAUCUUUCACACUCCAUGUCUUCUCCAACGCUGAUCAACAGGGCAUAAAUAUCCAAUAUUCUCUGCCUUUAUUUCAGACUCCAUUCUCUUGCUGUGACACAAAUGGACAGCAAGCCAGGUAUAAAUAAUCCUAAACUUCUAAAAUUUAAUAAAUAUAUUAAAUACAGUUUACAUUACUUGAAUUAGAUACUGCUACAGGCAACCGUGCAGAAUAAAUUAUUUCAGUCCAUUAGUGAACAGUUAUAGCUCAACUCUGUUAAUAUUUGAUCUAAUCUAAAGCAGACCACAUGUCCGAACUCUGCUUCCCCAAUAGACUUGCACAACUUUAAUCCAGCUUCCUGCAAUUGAGACUUAAACUACAAUUAAAUUCCAGUUCCAAAACACUUGUCAUUCUAUUGGUUAGAUGCAAUGUUUGCCAGGUCAGAAGAUUAGGGGUUGUUCAGAAAGACAAAUCUGUGUUUGGUUCAAGCAUUAAAUGAUCAACAGUGAAACGCAGCACGGGUGGAGUGGAAGGGGUUAAACAAGCUUGCACUAAGGAACGCAAGACGAGCAAGGGGAAUUGAAAUAUGCCAAGUUUCUACUCCCAAUUACCAUCAACAGUUCUUGGUAAAUGCAUCUUACGGCUUUUGAGGACAUUAUCGCUGAGUGACUUUGACUCAAACUAACUUUCAGUUCUAAUAUUUCAGCAAAAGCUACUAUUUUCAGGAGGGAGGUGGGGGUAGAAAAGGAUAGGGUUGGGUAGUGGGGAAAGAGAACAGCUGAAAAGUGCACCAGGCAAAGUAAAGUUUCAUAAAGACUAACUGGCAACUUCAGAAAAGUCUGCUAACUCAAUUCCAAAAUAGAGGACAGGGCUAAAAUACGCUGCUGAGAAAAAGAAAGCAGCUUUAUUUGUUUGUUCUGCGGUGAAGGGAGGGGGAGGAGGUGGGAAGCUGGAGGUAGCUGCCUGUCUAUUUUCAUUUCCCAAUGAUUGCUGGUAAACGUACCAUGCACAAGGAAGACAGGGGAAGUAGGGGGAAAAAUACACAAAACUUGAGGUACAAGAAUUCAAGUACUGUACUUAUGCAAACUCUGCUAUCCAUGACUCAUAUAUCAUCAUUGUAUUACCCACCUGCUUUAAAAAUUCACUCACUCACCAACUCCCAAUGGUUGCAGUGCAAAUUAAAAAGAGUUUAUUCUUUUCCUGGUCAGACAAAAGGAUUGUGUGAACAGAACUUUUAACCGUUCAUUUGCCUGGUUCGUCUGUUUCAAUUUACAUGACUUGUUUUUGUUUCAGCUGUGUAAUGCAAAGAGGACAAAAUAUUAUUUUAAAAAAUGAGAUAGAGUCGUGUACUUCUGCAUGAUGAAAAUGUGGCUCAGAUGCAAUUCGGCACAAAAUGCUACCAAGA